AUGUGUCCAGAAUCAGAAGCUGGGUUGGUUAGGACAUAUGCUGUAGCACCCUUUCGGUGCCUAGCUGCCAUGUUACCAGAAGGAGGCACGAGGGCUAGAAUACGGCCAGGUUACCCAGGCCUAGACAGGAGAAGUCGAGAGGCGGGGGGCGGGUUCGAACCCUGGAUCUUCCCAUCAGUAAAUUCGCGCUCUAACCGCUGA